AUUAUUUUAAUUAUUUUUUAAAAAAUAUAGUAUGUUACAUGAUUGGCCUUCCCAUCACGAGUAUUCCUUUCGCGUCACAGGAGCCGGUCCACAGCAGCACACUACUUUGACUAUAACGUUGACCCAGAGGUCAACUAACAAAAAUCCAAUGCAACUAUGCAAAUGGAAUUCCACAUAAACCUACCACAUUUGGUUGUCUGGAACAGUGGAAGGAAGACAUAUGGAUCAAGUUCAAAUUCCAAUUCAAGGUGCUGAAGCAGAAAACUGGAGUGAAAGAUCCAAUCAUCAGUUUCAGAUCCUGAAAGCACACCAAUUCUUUCUUACUCACUGUAAAAAUCCACCUCCACAACCAAAGUUCCUUUGGGAGAAAAACACCCAGCUCUUAUUUGAACUGAAAGGGGCUGUUCAAAAUGGAAAUAUACAAAGGUUUGUUGACAUUCUGGAGCAGGUAUGUCUGGAGAAGAAGGUACUUUUGUCUACCAUAUUUGAUCAAGCGAUGCCAGCAGGUGAUUCACUGCUUCAUGAGGCUGCCUAUUUCGGAAGAGAAGACAUUGUAGAACUGAUUGGCCUACACUUUCCCCAACUUCUCACCCACAGGGACAUGAAGCUAGGUGAUACUCCACUUCAUGUUGCGUGUAGAGCAAAGAGCUCACAAGUUAUCAGCAUCGUUCUCUCCCUGUGUAGUGUACAUGCACAAAGAUCGGUAUCUUCAAUGGAGAUGGUUAAUGGAGAUGAACAUAUCAUAACAAGAUUGGCCAAUAAAUAUGGAAAUACUGCUUUGCAUGAGGCUGUUUGUAAGAAGAAUGUUGAUGGGGUCAAACUUCUCUUCACUGCAGAUAGAUAUGUGGCCUAUUAUUUGAACAAGUCAAGUCAGUCCCCUUUGUAUUUGGCAGUCCUGAACGGAAAUAAGGAAAUAAUAGAUGUUCUGUUGGAAGCUCCAUUUCCGGGUGACAAGCUCCUCUCAAAUUGCCAGGGAAUUUCUCCUCUGCAUGCUGCCAUUGACACAAAGAAUGGAGAUUUGAUAAAGGAAAUAGCAACAAAAAAAACAGAGCUAAUGUAUUUACGAGACGAAAAUGGAGGAACUCCUUUACAUUAUGCAGCUUCUACUGGUUACGUUGAAGGCGUUCGUAUCCUGCUAAACAAAUCUCCUCUGAGUGCAUUAGAACAGAAUGCAAAGGGCCAUCUUCCUAUUCACCUUGCCUGCAAAUGGGGUCAUCUUAAGGUAGUCAGGGAAUUUCUUGGACGAGAAUGCGCCGAUGAUUCUAGAUUAUUGCUCAAUCGUAAAGGUCAAAAUGUUCUUCACGUUGCAGCAAAGAACGGACGACAUGAUUUGGUGAAAUAUCUAUUGAGGAACUGCAGAAGAAUUGAUAUAAACGAGAAAGAUCAAAAGGGAAAUACCCCAUUGCAUUUGGCUUCAGAAAACUCUUUCCCCAACAUCCUUUUCUCUCUGACACGGGAUAAGAGGGUUGAUGUAAAUCUCAUCAACUAUAAAGGUUUGACAGCACUUGAUACACUUCUGUUAGAAAUGUAUCGUGAAACACCAAUUUCACUAAUACAGUUCCUGUCCAAAGCCAUAUUUGAUUCUGUAGAUGCACCUAUAAGUGACAAGGCAAGAAGUAUGAUUCGUGAACGAAGAAAAGCACCAAAACUGAAAUGGAUAAAGCAGGGAGCAAACACACUGAUGCUGGUGGCUAUUUUGAUAGUAACAGUGACAUUUUCAGCUGGGUUCACUGUGCCCGGCAGCGUUCACAGUUCUGAGGAUACUGAUAAGGGGAUGGCAGUGUUGGUUAAGAGAGCAAUGUUCAAGACAUUUGUGAUUUUCAACACAGGAGCCAUGUACUGUUCUACACUUGGAUCACUGCUUCUGAUGUGGGCACAGUUUGGUGACUUUUAUUUAGCGAGAAGUGCAUUUUUCUGCGCGUUUCAUAUGGUGGGUUUAGCUCUGGUGACGAUGAGUUUAGCGUUCGCCGCAGCAGUACGUCUGGUUGUGACCAAUGUGUCAUGGCUUGCUGAACUUGUAACGUCUAUUGGAGUCAUCUUCUUUUCCUGCAUCUUAGGUCAUUACGUUUCGGCUAUUUUCCUGCUAGGACUCCACGGUGGUGUACUCCGCCGCCAAGUGAGCGAUGUUUUUAUAAGGAUUUUCAUUUUGGUGUAUGAAAGAACUCCCAAGAUAAUGUCUAGGUUCGAAAUUUAAGUGUAUUUCAAAAUGGAUUAUUGAGCUUCUCUGCUCUAUUUCCAGACUAAUCAACACAAACACUUGCAUA